AUGCGUUCUGUGACCGAGAGACGAAUAACGACGUUAAUCAGCGACGAUUCUCCAGGCGCGUUUCAGUCGCUUAGCAGUCGCGAUUCACGGCAGCGUCCACCGGCGGAACGAGGGAGAGCAGGUGAUUUGAAAAAAAUUCUCCCUUCGGCUCUUCCCAUCCGCUCUUCCCAUCUGCUCGUCUCCUCCCCCCCCUGCUGCUCCUCCUCACCCUUCUCCUCUCCCCCCCGUCUCCUCCUCCCCUUCUGCUCCUCCCCUUCUCCUCCUCCCCUUCUGCUCCUCCCCUUCUCCUCCUCCCCUUCUGCUCCUCCCCUUCUCCUCCUCCCCUUCUCCUCCUCCCCUUCUCCUCCUCCCCUUCUCCUCCUCCCCUUCUCCUCCUCCCCUUCUCCUCCUCCCCUUUUCCUCCUCCCCUUCUCCUCCUCCCCUUCUCCUCUUCCCCUUCUCCUCCUCCCCUUCUCCUCCUCCCCUUCUCCUCCUCCCCUUUUCCUCCUCCCCUUCUCCUCCUCCCCUUCUCCUCUUCCCCUUCUCCUCUUCCCCUUCUCCUCCUCCCCUUCUCCUCCUCCCCUUCUCCUCCUCCCCUUCUCCUCCUCCCCUUCUCCUCUCCCCUUCUCCUCCUCCCCUUCUCCUCUUCCCCUUCUCCUCCUCUCCUCCUCCCCUUCUCCUCUUCCCCUUCUCCUCCUCCUCCUCCCCUCUCCUCUUCCCUUCUCCUCCUCCCUGUACUGCAGGGGGAGUGGAGUGCGGGUCAAAAUGAUUCCUCCUCAUCCUCUCCCUUCUCCUCCUCUCCCUUCUCCUCCUCUCCCUUCUCCUCCUCUCCCUUCUCCUCCUCUCCCUUCUCCUCCUCUCCCUUCUCCUCCUCUCCCUUCUCCUCCUCUCCCUUCUCCUCCUCUCCCUUCUCCUCCUCUCCCUUCUCCUCCUCUCCCUUCUCCUCCUCUCCCUUCUCCUCCUCUCCCUUCUCCUCCUCUCCCUUCUCCUCCUCUCCCUUCUCCUCCUCUCCCUUCUCCUCCUCCCUUCUCCUCCUCUCCCUUCUCCUCCUCUCCCUUCUCCUCCUCUCCCUUCUCCUCCUCUCCCUUCUCCUCCUCUCCCUUCUCCUCCUCUCCCUUCUCCUCCUCUCCCUUCUCCUCCUCUCCCUUCUCCUCCUCUCCCUUCUCCUCCUCUCCCUCUCCUCCUCUCCCUUCUCCUCCUCUCCCUUCUCCUCCUCUCCCUCUCCUCUCCUCUCCCCUUCUCCUCCUCUCUCCUUCUCCUCCUCUCCCUUCUCCUCCUCUCCCUUCUCCUCCUCUCCCUUCUCCUCCUCUCCCUUCUCCUCCUCUCCCUUCUCCUCCUCUCCCUUCUCCUCCUCUCCCUUCUCCUCUCCCCCUUCUGCUCCUCCCUCUUGUGCCCCUCAGAGCGGGGGAGGAGCGGGCCCUAUCGCGAAUGGCAACAGGGGGUGGUUGGUGUCGA